AUGUCAAAUUCAAAGAAUAAAACCCCAAAGUUAUAUCAUCAAAGCUCACAAACUACUGUUCAUAGUGUAAAUUCUUUAACAUCAAACCAAACUCCAAAUACAACUCAAAUUCAAAAUACAGUUUCCCCUCAUGUACUAAUCCCUCAACACUCUCAUCCCCUAGGAGAGCAUGUUAAAAGAGUCUUUAGUGUUGAUGAUGGACCAGAAGAAAUUGAGCAAGAUAUAAGAAAUUACCAAACCAAUGCAUCUGUAUUUACUGGUACAGCUACCAAUAAUAAUAAUAGUUCUUUUAGCUUAGGGGCUAAUAAGACAGUAUACCCCGUUCCACAGCGUUUGGUAAAUAUGACUGCAAGUUCUUCGAGUCAAAGAAUCCCUAGCCGUAGAUCACCAAGACCUUUAAGAUAUCCCUCCGAAACCUCUGUUCCAAUGGUUUCUCAACCGAAUACUGGUUCUACUCUUUCAAAAUCUAAUUCUAAUACCCCAAAUGUUGAACCUAAUAAUAAUGCCAAUGCCAAUACUAAUGUCACUAAUGCUAAUGCCACUAAUAAUAACACCACUAAUAAUAAUACUAAUGUCAACAAGUCAUGUUCCAAGCAUCAUCUAACUGAAGAAGAAGAAGAAGAAAUAGUAGCCGAGGUUUUGGCCCAUACCCUCCAAACUUUACCCUCCCCAACUAAUAUUCAUCACGCUGAUUAUUUUAAUGCCAGUGAUAUUAUUAAUAUGCAAAACCCUACUAUAUCUAACGAUCAAGUGUCUAUGACAUCUUCAUUAGAAUCGUACACUUUGAGAGAAAGACAGGAUGCUAUUAAUGAAACUCAUCCAUUCGGUAUAAGAAUUUGGAAACCUGCGUUAUAUAAGAAAAAAAGAUCUGUACAAAGUGCAGCUGCUGAAGAUAUUCAUGAGACAAAAUUGAAAAAAAUUACUUGGUUUGUUAAAAUUUCAAAUUUUGUUUGGUUAUCUACACUAGGUUUGUUGUUAUUUAUAAUAUAUUCUAUUGCUGCCUUAUUAGUUUUAACACUUGGUUUAUUUACUAAAUCUGCAAGAGAAUAUGCAUCUGUAUUCUUCAAUUUGGCCAAAUAUUUAUUAUGGCCAUUUGGUAAAGUUGUCUUUUUGGUCACUAAUGAACGUUACUGGGAAGAAGAUAAAGAUGAAGGUAUUAGUGUUCAACAAUUUUAUAAAUGGGCCACCUCUUAUAAGAAUAGGUUAUUUUUCCAUCAAUCUCAAACUCAAUCAACUGACCCAUUAUUACAUAACACUAGUUUAAACCAUCCUUCCUAUGAUUCUAUUCAAAGAUAUAUGUCAACACAACAAUCAUCACCUAAUCCUACUAACUCAGGUAAUAACAAUACAUCUGCUAAUGCAAGAGUACCAACUACAAAUCAAACUCAUUCGAUCCCCAUGAAUCAACAAUUUUCUCAAAGUACUAUGAGAAGUUAUCCAAAUAUUAAUGAUCCAUUAAAUUCUGAUGGCAACUCUAAUCUGGGAGAUGAUACUGCUAAUAAUAAUGGUGCAAAUCGCAGAUAUUUUGGUAGAGGUAAUUGGACAUUUGGUAGAAUAAUAUUUUAUAUCUGUUUCCACUUAUUUGUACAACCAAUUGGCUUGUUAUUAUCCCUUAUAACAUGGUUAUUUGUUUUCACGAUCCCAAUGAGUAAUAUUUUGUGGAAUUUAAUGUAUCAUUGUAGAAAACAUCCUUUAGCAUUAGGUUUUAAAUCACUUAAAAACAAUUCAAGUUCAUCUAGAAGUAUUAUGAAUACUAGUGAUGAUAAAAACAUUUUAUUAUGUACAUUUAGAGCUGCUGGUUGGCAUUAUUAUAAAUUUACAGUAGAUGGUACAAAUGUGAUCGUUGUCAAUUUAAUUUCUAUUGUCUUUUUCACCAUCUUUGAUUUUUACGUUUUAAAAAAUAUUCUUCAAUUGGAAUCUGCUCUUACAAAUCCUUCCAAUAUUUUUGUUUUAUGUUUAGCAUCCAUCAUUCCAUUAGCAUUUUACAUAGGUCAAGCCGUGGCAUCUAUAUCUGCACAAACAUCUAUGGGUCUUGGCGCAGUUUUAAAUGCCUUUUUCUCUACUAUUGUAGAAAUUUAUUUAUAUUGUGUUGCUUUAAAUCAAAAUAAAGGUAGAUUAGUAGAAGGGUCUAUUGUGGGGUCAAUUUUAGGUGCCAUUUUAUUGUUGCCUGGAUUAUCCAUGUGUGGUGGGGCUUUAAAGAGAAAGACUCAACGUUAUAAUCCUGCUAGUGCUGGUGUCUCAUCUGCUCUGUUAAUAUUUUCUAUGAUUGUUAUGUCAGUUCCUACAAUUUUCUUCGAACUUUAUAGUGGUUAUGAAGUUAUUUGUGAUAACAGAGGAGAAAUAAAUAGUGAUAUCAAAUCCGAACAAUCAUAUCCAUUAAGUUUCCAAACUGCAUUUAUGGCAAUUCGUGAAGAAAAAUGUUAUUUUAAUCGUCCACCAUUAAAAUACAAUAACAUGUUUACUCACGUUUUAAUCCCACUAUCAGUAGCAUGUACUAUUGCAUUAUUUUUAGCUUAUAGUAUUGGUUUAUGGUUUACGUUAAGAACACAUGCAAAACUAAUUUGGCAAUUACCCAUUGCAGAUCAACAGUCUCAAUUAGCUCCAUUAUCACAAACUCAGUCGCAAACAGCAUCACAGGCCCAACUUCAAGGAAAUAAUAAUACUAACAAGAAUACUGGAACUACUAAUGAGCUUGUGCCAGAGAUUAGCAUUACUAAUAACAAUUGUGCCAAUGCUGUGCAUCAAGACGGUGGGCAUGAUGCACCAAAUUGGUCGAGAAGUAAAUCUACCUUAAUCUUGUUGUUUGCUACAUUAUUAUAUGCUAUGAUUGCAGAAAUCUUGGUAGACUGUGUUGAUACUGUGUUGGAAGAUUUCCCCUCGUUAGAUCCAAAGAUUUUAGGUUUAACUAUAUUUGCGUUAGUGCCUAAUACUACUGAAUUUUUAAAUGCCAUUUCCUUUGCCAUCAAUGGGAAUGUAGCAUUGUCCAUGGAGAUCGGUAGUGCAUAUGCAUUACAAGUUUGUCUAUUACAAAUUCCAGCAUUGGUUAUUUAUUCAAUCUUUUAUACAUGGAAUAUGAAUCAUAGUAAAGUUGAUAUUAGUAAUCAAAUGUUUGCAUUAAUAUUUGAAAGAUGGGAUUUUUUUUCAUUGAUAUCUAGUACUCUAUUAUUUACAUAUUUGUAUGCUGAAGGGAAGUCAAAUUAUUUUAAAGGGUCGAUGAUGGUAUUGUUGUAUUUCGUUAUUAUAUUAAGUUUUUAUUUCCAGGGAGUUGUUGAAGGCUUAUAA